AUGACCAAAUGGAGAGUGUCACAAGGGACGGUGUACAAUAUCAAGCGAAAUGCGGAAAAGAUCAGGAUGCAGUGUGCUCAGAAGAAGUCUCAUAAAAGCAAGCGCUUCAGAACGCCGAAGUUUCAAGGUAUCGAGCGGGACCUAUUCAAGGCUUUUGAGGAUGCCAGGCUUGACCACCCAGACCUCCCUAUUUCGGGCCUGUGGUUGAAAGAAAAGGCAAUCUCAGCCGAGAAUGGGGAUUCCGAUUUCAAAGCCUCAAAUUCGUGGCUAGAUGGCUCCAAAGCGCGCUUCAAGCUUUCGAAUCAGAGAAUUUGUGGCGAAGCUUCCAAGGUUGACCAAGAGGAAAUCGAUCGCUGGAUGAACGAGAACGAAAGGACUCUGAAUGAAUAUUCGAUCAAGAACAUAUUCAACGCCGAUGAGACUGGCUUCUUUUAUAAGAUGUUGCCGAAUCG